AUGGAUGCCGCAAUGUGGGCUGCCGCCUCCGGCCCGGGCUUCGAUCCCACGGCGGCCUUGGCGCAACAGUUCUCGGACCUGGGCAUUCACGAACAGGCAGCGCCGCCUCCACCGCAACAAGUUGCGCCCCAGCAAGCCCCGGCUCAGGCUCCGGAUCCGGCACAUAUUACGGAGUUUGCAUCUGAACGCUACUCCGUGCAGCCUGCAUGGAACGGCGCGGCUUCUGCCUUCUAUUAUCAGCCUUAUCAGCCGCCCCCGGCGUCAUUCUUUCCCGCGCCCGCGUCCGUGCAACAGCAGCCUUCGACUUUGGGGUCAUCUCGAGACCGCGAAGUUGAUGGAGGUCCGAAUGGAACAAACUAUCACUCUCUGCCCAACCCCUGGAAAUCGCCUCCGAGCCGACCAAUCCGUAUCUUCAAGACGGAGGCAGAAGUUGGAACACACCUGAAAGCGCAGGCUCUUUGCAACGUCAUCCAAGGCGAAGGCCACGUCGAGGGGUUUGACGCCGCUCAAGAGAAGCUGCUCAAGAGCAAGAAGCGCAGAAACGGCGUCGAGACGGAAGAGGACAAGUGGAAGGAGAUCUUCAAGAUUCUUUUUCCCAGUCAUAAAGACGUACCAGAUCCAUUCUACAAGACGCCUGUCGAUGACCGAACCGCCGCAGACCAGACGCCAAAGCAAGAGCAAGACGAUGUCGAAAGUAUUUUCACCAGAGACAUCCCGUCGCCAGUGGAAGAGGAGAUGUCCUCGAAACUGGAGGAAGCUGUUGGUGGGCGUUUGACUAAGAAGAAGCGGAGGAAGCUUUUGAACGUGUUCAGGGGGUUCGCCGUUAAGAUGCUCCGCCAGUCCACGGAGGGAGACAUCAAGAACAGGGCUAUCACACUCCCCUCAAAGUCUAGUCAGAUUGAAAAGUCCUUUGGGACCGAACGGUCCGCUCGAGCUCCGAGCGAGAAGCUACUGCGUACGGUUGCUGAAGAUAAACCGGACGAGAAGUUGAAAGAGAAGCAAGACGAGGUCUACGCUUUGCAUGAAGCAUCGCAAGCCGGAGUGCCGUCGAUGGAUGCGGUGAUGGCUUUGGGUUCCUUGCCGUCGAUAGAAGCAACGGGGCCCCGCAGUAUUCCGGUGGAUUUUCAAGCCUUUGGUCUCGACAUGGACUCGGAUAUUGCUUGCUGGUCGGCCUGGGAUGCGGCGUUUGCCAAUGACAAUGGAGACGCGUGGCUGGACGGCUUACUUGGCACUGGGACUGCUUUGCCAGGAGGCCUCUCCCAAGCUCAAGACAAGACAUUUGGGGUUGAGCCUAUGAAUGCCUACGAUGGCGUUAGUAAUGUUUCGACCCUUCAACAUGUUGUAGGUCAGGACUACACAUCUUAG